UCGACGCACAGGAGUGCUACUGGACAUGCAACCGGGGGUCUGUGUGCCCACUGCAGCUGCAAUGGGCCUGUUUUGCCGAGGUUGUCUCAGCAGGGCGCGGAUUUUGCCCACCCUUUGCUGUUUGCCCAGGCAGAUGAGCAGGUGGAACAGCCAGGAGACUUGCAGCCCCGCACCUCCUCAGGAAAACCCUCGUGUCCUCAUAACGGGUGGUCUUGGGCAGUUAGGUGUGGGACUGGCACAGAUGCUGAGGAAACAGUAUGGAACUGAGAAUGUAAUCCUGUCAGACAUUAAGAAGCCUCCACCUCACGUCUUCAGCAAUGGUCCUUUUGUUUACGCUGAUGUGUUGGACUACAAACAUCUCCGAGAACUGAUUGUGAAUUAUCGUGUCACUUGGCUGGUCCACUACAGUGCUCUGCUUAGUGCUGUGGGCGAGGCUAAUGUGGCUUUGGCACGCAAGAUCAACAUCACGGGCCUUCAUAAUGUGCUGGAUCUGGCCUUAGAGAACUGCCUGCGCCUCUUCGUCCCCAGCACCAUUGGAGCGUUUGGUCCGUCUUCUCCACGUGACCCGGCCCCUGACCUCUGUGUCCAAAGACCUCGGACCAUCUACGGCGUGUCCAAAGUGCAUGGAGAACUGAUGGGGGAGUAUCUCCAUCACAAAUAUGGCCUGGACUUCCGCUGCCUACGUUACCCAGGUGUGAUAUCAGUCAACACACCUCCUGGAGGAGGAACAACGGACUAUGCAGUUCAAAUCUUCCAUGAUGCUCUCAGCACAGGCCACCAUGAGUGCUACCUGCGUCCCGACACCCGCCUUCCCAUGAUGCACAUCUCUGACUGCCACCGUGCUACAGUAGAGUUCAUGCAGGCUCCAGAGUGCCAGCUGUCUCUGCGUACCUAUAACAUCGCCGCCAUGAGCUUCACUCCAGAAGAGGUGGCCCAAGAAAUCCGCAAGCAUCUCCCUCACCUCAAGGUCACCUACAAUCCCGACUCUGUCCGCCAGACCAUUGCAGACAGCUGGCCCGUGAGGUUUGAUGACUCCAAUGCCAGGAGAGAUUGGGGCUGGGCACCAGCCUUCGGGCUUGACGAGCUGGUAACAGACAUGCUGCGCUCCAUUCGAGACAAGAGGACAGAUGAGGGUUUGCCAGUCAGCUAACAAAACCCUUUCCUGUUCUACUCUUGACUUUUCUUCAGCCUGCAUUUUCCAACGAUACACUUCCUUCACUUCACAAGUUGUCAACCAGUAUCCCCGUUACUCUGGAACAUUACAGCAAUGAGCCAGGGACUGUUUGUAAAGUAAAGUAGGAACUCUCAGUCAGAUACUCUUAAUAUACAGUGGACAGUGAGACAUCAUACACAUGCACUCAAUCACUCACAUUUCAGUCUUUUUCAGGGAAUAAUAUACUGUCAAAUCUUUCCUUCAUCUUUGUUGUUUUUAAUUGUCAUCACGGCAUAAGCAUCACUUAACACUUGCAUCAAUGGACACAACAGUAUUUUACAAUGUCUACGAAAAUGUCUAAUACAAUAUGGACCAGUUGCACAUUUAGAGUAACAAAUCUGUUGUACAUUUUGACUCCAGGAUCAUCUGGAAUGGCUGGCUCAGUUACAUCUGGACUGUAAUGACUCACCACGUAUUCUGGCUGUUAUAAAAAGACAGUCUUUUAUAAUAUAGUCUACCAAGUGAAUUUCACACACUGUAUACAACCCCACUAACAGGAAGCCUUUAUUUAACCUUUUUGCCAGCAGUGUGAUUUUAUUUAUUGAUGAGAAACAAUAACAAACAACACCUUAUUUACUGUAGAUUACUUUGGAAAG